CGGAGGUCAUGCAAAUCCGUUGUGUCCAAAAUUUUCCGUACACCUGCAAGCCUGCUGCCCACCAGUACACUCACCCUCUUAUUUCUUCACCAAAUUGCAUAAAUUUUUGGAGUCCGGACUUUUGCUUUAUAACUAAGUAUUCUCUCUGUCUCUCUCUGCAAUCGAAGGAGAGUUCGCCGGAAACUUGCCAUUUGCAGGCGAUUACUGGUUGGAAUCAGAUUCUACAAUGAAUUCGAGAAAAGGGGGUGCACAGCCAUUCGUUGCUGGUACUACUGACUCGUCCAAGGAAAAAAACAUAUCUGAGAUCUCUAGCAUCAGCGUUGAUCAGUUAAACCAUGGUGUGGCAGACAUCAGCCUGGUUGCUGCACAAGAUGGUGAGUGGAAGGUUUAUACCAAGAAGUCUAAAAGUAUAGCAGGAGGCAAUGCUUCCAAAUCAUGGGGUUCUCAGAACUCUAAUCCUAAAGCAUGGGGAAAUGAAGAUGGAGUUCAGAAGCUGGGUAUACAGAGUAAUAGUGGAUCAGGAAAGUCUGGCAGUAGCUUCCCAAUAGUGAAUGCUGAUUCCAAAAGACUACCUGGAAGAGGAUAUUCAAGACCCCAAUCAUCGAACAGAGGUUUUGAGAGCAACUACACUAGCCCAGUGCCUGUAAUUUCUCCUGCAUUGCAGCAUGGUUGGAAUUGGAAGUCUGCAGCUUCUACUCUGCCUUCAGAACGUGACCUGGAAAAAAAUGGGAUCAAUCUGAAUCCCCAUCCUUUUGGUGUUAGUGAGAACAAGGUCAACAAGAUUGGGGAUGAUGACGAUGAUGAUGAUGAUUCAGAUGCUGUUGAUGAUACAGAUGAUGAACUCUUCAGUGACGAUUGGGAUUCAGAUGUGAGCCAAAAAAGCCACGACACACGUAAGAGAAGCAGGUGGUUCAAUGCAUUUUUUGAUAUCUUGGAUAAAUUGACUGUUGAGCAGAUCCAUGAACCGGCAAGGCAGUGGCACUGCCCAGCCUGUCAAAAUGGGCCUGGUGCCAUUGAUUGGUACCGAGGCCUGCAGCCCCUUAUGACACAUGCCAAGACCAAAGGAUCAAACAGGGUGAAGCUCCACCGAGAAUUUGCAGAACUUUUGGAUGAAGAGCUACACGGGAGGGGAACAUCAGUCAUACCAGCUGGUGAAGUGUAUGGCAAAUGGAAAGGUCUGGAUAAAACUGUCAAGGAUCAUGAAAUAGUUUGGCCUCCCAUGGUUGUCAUUAUGAAUACAAGACUUGAGAAGGAUGAUAAUGAGAAGUGGCUUGGCAUGGGAAAUGAAGAGCUUCUUGAUUACUUUAGUUCAUAUCGCGCAGUGAGGGCUAGGCACUCCUAUGGUCCACAAGGGCACCGUGGGAUGAGUGUCUUGAUUUUUGAGAGCUCAGCAAUUGGUUAUUUAGAGGCUGAGCGUCUGGAUAAGCAUUUCAAGGAUCAGGGGACAGAUAGGGAGGCUUGGGAUCAUUGUCGUGUUUUUUUCUAUCCUGGAGGGCAGCGCCAAUUAUAUGGUUACAUGGCAGAGAAAGGAGACAUGGAUAUCUUUAACCAGCAUUCUCCAGGUAAAUCCAAACUCAAAUUUGAGAUGAGAUCAUACAAGGAGGUGGUUGUGAGCCAGAUGAAGCAAAUGAGUGAAGACAAUCAGCAGCUUGUCUGGUUCAAGAACAAAGUUGCCAAGGAACAGAGGCAUUCCAAAGCCCUCAAGGAGUCUUUUGGUAUAUUAUCUGAGAAGCUGCGGAAAACCUCAGAGGAAAACCGCAUUGUGAGGCAAAGAACAAAAAAGCAUCACGAAGAAAACAAGGAAGAGAUGGACUAUCUGGAAAUGUUCUUCAAGGAACAACUAAGAAUCAUUCAGGACGCCCGGGAUGCAAGGGAGGACAGUUUUGAGAAGAUGCAACAACAGGAGCGAGAGAAAGUCAAACAAACAAAUAGCUCUAAUACAUCUGAUCACAGGCACAGGGCGGAGGAAAUUGCAAAAUUCAUUGAAUUUCAGGACAAGGAGAUGGAAGAAUUUGUUGCAGAGAGGGAGAAACUGCUAAAAGAUCAUGAACAAAAAAAGAUUUCAAUGAAGAAAAAGCGCGGGGAGGAAGAGGUUGGACUGGAAAGGGAGUUCGAUGCUGAACUAAACCGGCUGAUGGAAAAGUACACCCCAAACCACUUGGUGGCAAAAACAGCGGGUACUGAUGGUAAGUAAGAUGUUUUAGAGACGGGAGAUAGAGGUCAGUUAGUACUACUAAUAUAAACAAGAGAAACACAGAGAAACUUGAGAUAGUUUUUUAGGCUUAUCAUUCCCUUUACAACAUUCUAAAGAACAUAGGAAGAUAGCAAACAGGUCAUGAGACAUCCAUUUCAGAGAUUAAGAUUGGUUACUUGUUUUUAUAUGUAAUGGAAUGGUGCCUUGCUUUUUUGGCGGCUUAUUUUACGUGAUACUUGGUUGAUUUUACCACUGUUUAUCUGUUCUAUACUACAUCUUGUCAGCCCUCGGGCAGGUACUCCUCUUUUGAGGAUGAAGAUGAACAACGAAGUUUUCAUUGUUUUUUUUUUUUUACUACGUAUUAUCAAUAAUAUCAGCUUGCUACAGCAGCUUUUUAUC